CAACACGAUCAUACCAACCGCACGCGCCCCAAGAACAGUAAAGUGAAGUCAAAAAUUUGUUCUCUGCAAAUCGGAGAAGAAAUCGAUUGGGUUCCUUUUACCAACGGCGACAAUGUUUUGGCGGAAGAAGAAGAGCAGCAAGUCGCCGACAACAAAGACGAAGGAACCGUCGCCGAAAUCGAACCCAAAUCCGUCACUUCCACACGAUUUGAUAGUGAGCAUCUUAGCCCGUGUCUCGAGAUCGUAUUACCCAAAUCUAUCCUUAGUCUCCAAAAGCUUCCGAUCGAUCCUUGCAUCACCGGAGAUAUACAAAACCCGAACCCUCUUAGGCUGCACCGAGACAUUUCUCUAUGUGUGCUUACGCUUCCCUCAUGAAGCUAACCCUCGCUGGUUCACUCUCUACCCGAAGAAACCUAAUCAAACCCUAAUCAAGAAGAAGAAGAAGAAGAAGAAAGAGAAUCCAAGUCUUCAUCUAUUGGCUCCAACCCGAAUUCUCAACUCUCCUCCUGUGAAAUGGUCAAGUCUAAUUGCUGUUGGUUCUUAUCUUUACGCCAUUAGCGCAGAUAUACAUGAUUCUCCAUCCGUGUGGUAUCUUGAUUGUCGAACUCACACUUGCCGUGAAGCUCCAAGAAUGAGAAUAGCUCACACCGGUACUGCAUAUGAUGGGAAUGUGUAUUUACCAGGAAUGUAUGAAAAGCAAGAUUCUUUGAACUGCGUUGAAGUGUACAAUCAAUCUUGGAAUCCCGUGCCGCUCAACAAACGGAGAUUGGAAUUCAAAAACAUGGAUGGAAUUAUUUACAUUCACCGUAAAUUAGAUUCUCCUUGGCUUGGUAUGGCUUUUAAGCCUAAGGAUUCGACAUGCGAAAGUGUAGGAUUGCAUAUGCUUGUGGAUCGGGUUUCUUUUUGUACGAUAGAUGACGUAGACUAUACUUAUGUCCGUGGCGAAUAUCUUAGAUGGAGAGCACGUAGGACUCAGGAGGAGGAAGUAGGUGCGAGAAGAUUAGAGGGUUUAGAAGGGUUGCCUCAGUUUGCUAAUUCUGCUUCUGUUAAAUUAGCUGAUUAUGGUGAUAAGCUGGUUGUUUUGUGGGACAAGUCUCUGCAGAGAUUUGGGUUUAAGAAGAAGAUGAUUUGGUGUGCUGAGAUUUCACUUGAAAAACGCAACGAUGAGGACAUUUGGGGGAAAGUCGAGUGGUCCGAUGCUCUUCUUACUGUGCCUAAGUCUUAUAAAUUCGUGUGUGCUAAAUCUGUUACUGUUUGACAGGGUAUGCCAUUCACAUGUUUUUGCUUAAUUAUACAUAUCGUCUGCACUCACUUGCUAUGUCAAGAUGAUUUAGAAGCUUAUUUAGUGAGUUCUUUUAGUGCCUCGGGUCUAGAAAGGAAUCAUGUGUUGAGAUUGGCAGCAAGAAUACACAAAGAACAAAACGGGAUAGCCAAAGAAAUUGACAAUGUUUUUGCUUUGCAGUGUAGAUGAUUAUGUUUAUUUUGGGACUUUUCUGUCUCUUUGAUAAACCCUUUGAACCCUUUGAUGACAAAAUCGUUCUGCAUAGUGUAGACGUUUUUGUUUUCAAUGUGUUGCAAAAUGUCUAUAUAUAUGUGACUAUCAUGAUGAAUGCUUGUCUUGUUUUAUGCUUUUGGCAGACAUUAUUUUCACUUGUAAACA